AACGCAUUGUUCAUUUCUUUGCUCUUUUUCUUGAUUUGGUCUUCUUCUUCUUCAUCGAUCACCACCACAGCUAUGGCUGAUUUAUCUAUGCCAAAAUCAGAUUCAGCUGUUCACAUAAUCUACACCGAGAGGCCUCAGAACGAGGACCCCGAAACCUACCACAUCCGCACCCUUGCUUCCGUCCUCGGCAGCGAGGACGCAGCGAAAGAGGCACUGUUGUACAGUUACAAGCACGCUGCAAGUGGGUUCUCUGCCAAACUCACUCCCGAGCAGGUCUCCGAAAUGUCAAAGCAACCUGGUGUUCUACAGGUGGUUCCAAGCAAGACUUAUCACCUGCAUUCAGGACCUGGGAGGCUGAAUGUGUAAAUCUCUCUAUUAUGAAAAAGUCUUAUUUAUGUAUCUAAUACCCAAAGUAUCUUUCACUACCUUGAACCACUACAGCACUAUCUUGUACAAAACCAACCAACUAGAUCUUUUGUGAUCAUACUCCAACUUUAAUAAGCUGUUGGAUCUAAAUAAAUAUAUGCAGAUACUUUUGUGUGUAUCUGUUUUUGUAUGUA